AUGAAUCUAUCGCCUCUGAUGAAUCUUCUAACUCCAGAAAGUAUGGGCCGUUUUGCAGAGAUUGCUCAAGAGUUGUCCAGUAUGGCAGCCAAUAACCUGGCACAGAACGAAAAAGAUACGCUCAAAAACUCGGAAGCGCCCAAGCCGGUCGAUCCUCAGAAUGCUAGACCAUCAGAAGUGUUAGGACAAGCAAUGUCGAGCUUGACUAGCCAAUCUCGGAAUGCUUUCAUUGAUGCUUUGAAUCCAGUUUUACAGAAAACAACAGAGAGCACUGUGAAGGAAACAACCGCGACAACGUCUAUACCAGAAGUCUCAACAACAAAAAAGCAGAAAAUUCCACCACGCCCAGAAGGCAAACGUAAUAGGAAAAAUGCUGGAAAGGGUGCUAAUGCACAGGGAAAACCUGACACUCAAGCAAAGAAAGAGGAAAUCCGUCAUGCACCAGUUUCUCCUGUUAAAGUAGCCGAUUCAUCUGACAUAAUCGCUGCUGCGUCAAAGACUGAUGAGAUUGUUUCCUCCAGCACAAAUAUGAACAGUGGAGGUGCAGCCGAAAACCCGCUGUUAAAGCUCGCUAGUCAAUUUUUGCGAGCAGGCUCUGGUGCUAAUGGACAGAAAGGCGAGCUUCCACAGAUAGGUCUCAAAGACUUUCUGCCCGGAGUCAAAGAUAACUUCGGUAUCCCUCGGGGACAAGGCUGCUUUCCCUUCUUAUCAGAAUUCAUGCAAGCAGCAUAUGGAAACUGUCAACAGGUUGCCGACGAGGGAGCGUGGGACGCAUGGGGAAAUGAACUGAAAAAUGCUAUUUUAACUGGAGAAAUAGAUUUUAUGAGAGCUAGCCAAGAAACAUGUCGAAGAGGAGCAGAACGUCAGCAAUGUGGUUCUCUUCGACAGGCUAUCUCCAACUGUCACAUCAUCGAAUCAAUGCAGAUAGCAGCUCAGCUACAGCGUUCCAUGAAGAGAUGUGAAGAUGUUUCUGGACUCAUUGAUCAGAACCCAAUGGUUAUCUUAGGCCAAAUGAAUAGUUUGAUAGGUGGAGAAUUUGCUCAAGGUUUCUUCAAUAAGUUCUUAGGCGGUGGAUCUCAAACAAAUGGUUAA